AUGGCUGGGUCAAGUGGUAGUGAUCUUUGUGCUCCAAUAUUCAAUGGUGACAACUAUGAAUUUUGGAAGAUCCGAAUGAGAACUAUUUUCAAAUCACAUGGAAUCUGGGAUCUAGUUGAAAAGGGUCUUGAAAUUCUAGAAUCGAAGGGGAAGAAGGUUGAUGCGGAAGGGUCAUCAGAAUCAGAGAAAGUAUCUCUGCUAAUGAAGGAUGCUAAGGCACUGGGUAUUAUCCAAGGAGCUGUCUCAUAUGACAUUUUCCCUAGAAUCUCGAAAGAGGAGACCUCAAAGGGUGCUUGGGACAUUUUACACCAAGAAUUUCAUGGCGAUAAGCAGGUGAGAUCCAUCAAGUUGCAAGGUCUACAUCGUGAUUUCGAGUACACAAGGAUGAGGGAUGAUGAAACCUUGUCUGUGUAUCUCACUUGUCUUCUCGAGUUGGUGAAUCAGAUGAAGGGUUAUGGGGAAGAAUUACCCAGAGCACAUUUGGUUCAGAAAUUGCUCAUAAGCUUGACCAAAGAAUUUGAUCCUGUUUGCUAUGUGAUUGAGCAAACUAAGGACAUUGAAACUAUUGAGGUGCAAGAGGUUAUUGCUGCAUUGAAGGAAUUUGCACAGCGCCUUGAUAGGCAUGCUGAGAGUACCACUCAGAGUGCUUUCAGUAGUAUGAAUGUGAAUCCAAAGGGAACUCAGUCAAAUCCAAAGAAAAACUGGAAAUCGAAGGGAAAGAAAUGGGAUCCUAAGCCUCAAAACUCUGUCAAUCAAGGAAGAAAAAAUGAUCAAGAGAGAAUCUGA